GUAUCCGCGGGAUGGGUUGGAUUCGAACCAAGUAUAUAAACCCACUGCAGUCGGCUUAAAGACAUCAUUCUUCUAAGACACACAAUGGUUGCAACAGCGUUGAUAUCCCUGUGUGUUGUCGGUCUGACCGCUGCGGCGCCCCAGCUUGCUUUCUCUGCUGCGCCGAGAGCCGUCGGCGACGAUCAGAAUGUGAUAGUCUCUAACGUGGUUACUGCCCUGCAGCCAGCUAUCUCCGAAGCCGUAGCCAAUGCCCUCCGUAACCUUCAAUCCAGCUCAAGCACCUCCGCCUUUGAUGCCGAGCGGGCUCAGUUCGAAGCUGAGUUUGCUGCAAACAACGGAGGCGCUGCCGCUGCGAAGGCUAAGUAUGAUUUCAACUACCAAGUCCGUGACGACGAAGCUGGUACUUAUAUCUACCAGCAGGAGGCUAGGGAUGGAGAUGAUGUAAACGGAAACUACGGAUAUGUUGAUCCCAACGGAACUCUGAUCAAGGUGACCUACCAGGCUGGUCUGGACGGGUUCACCCAGAGCUUGGAGCAGGAGGAGAACUUUCUCUCUGGCGGAAACAGCAGAGCUAGCUCCUCAGCAGGUGCUGUUGGAAUAAGAUCAGAUUCUAGGACUCAAUCUUCUUCCUUCAACGAGGAGGCCUUGAUUGCUCAGAUUAUCCGUGCUCUUCAGCCCACCAUCUCAUCUUCUGUUGAAGCUGCCCUCGCCUCGGUCUAGGCUUCGGAGAUUUUAACGCUGAUUGUCUGGGCAUUUUUCUAGUUUCAGCACCUCCCCCCCCCCCUACAUUUAGCCACAGAGUUUAUAUUGUCAUGUUAUCAGUAAUAAAGAAUUUGCACAAAAUA